UACACAAAGACAAGAAAGAAAAGGUACUGUUUGUUGCCAAACUCAAAUAGUGGCUGCUUGGCCAUCAUAUGAUAAGCUUUGCCUUUAUUUUUAUGUCUUUGGUCACAACUUGCUUCUAAAUAUUGGAAGUAGCUUAAUAAAAAUCAUAGUUGUGUAGCUUAUUAAAUGUAUGGCGAUUGGAUCUAUUGAAAUGUAAUGCAAGGGCCAUUUUUAUGUAUCUGGUCCACUGAAUUCGUCCAGACGCAUGGCACUUAGUCUAUCUGUAUGACUGAACCAAUGGAUCUCAAAGACAAGUCUCUUGGACACAAACAACAAAAUGAUUUGGUUAAAACAAUGAAGGUUGCCAAUGCUUGAGGUGAUGCCUUUGAUUAUUCAAUUAGGCUGUAGCUGUCCUUGCUAAGCUAUGAAACUUUGUAAAAGCCGAUGCAAUCAAAUAAAAAUUCUGGUUUUUUAGAGAGUUUUUGUUUUGUUACAUCACGUCAUUAUCUAUUGUCAACUGGUAUCUUUAUAAAGGAACCUCAAUUAUAUUUGUUUCCUAGAACCAAGCAAGAGAUAACUUACAUGGAGACUCUGUGCCUAAUUCGCAAUUUCUUAGCUCUGGCAUUCUUUAUGCUUGUCUUGACUACAGUCACAACUUUGUUUUCAGAUUUUGAAGCCUCAGAUGAACCUGAUGAAUCUAGGAAUAUUUGCAACAUUGCUAAGCUCCAUUUUCAGAAUGGAGAUUGGGUACAGGAGGCUGGUGGAGCACCAAUGAUGCCAUUUGAUGACAGUGACAUGCCAAAGAACUUCUCGGGUAUUGGAUCUCUCCUAAGAUUGGCUUCUUUCUGGGCAUCACAAGAAACAGGUCACUGCAUUACAUGCCACAAUAUUGGUACCCAUGGUUCCACAAGAGCCCUGGAUAUUCUGAUGACUAUCCAAUUUGAGGGCUUUUAUGUAGAAUCUGAAGAAAAUGGAGAACACAUGUUGUGCUUGUUAGGAACUUCAAUGUUCCCUUUCGUGGGGCCUUUUGCUGAUUUCUCUGAAUGGUCAACAAGCCAUAGCUGUAAGACAAACCUACAGUCUCCUUUCAUAAAAGAUGAUCAGCUCAUGCUUAUACUUCGGUACCCCAGGAACUUCACUUUAACUACCAGAGCAGUCCUCGGUGAAAUGAAAAGUCUGAAUGAAAAGUCAGAUCCCAAAUAUUUUGAUAAAGUCCAUAUUGCUUCCCAAUUGGACUUUGAUUCAAAGUAUCUGUUCAUUUCAGAACAACUCGAGUCCAAAGCCUGCAAUCCAUGCCCAUACCAAGAUGAUUUUAUAGAUGGUGGGAUUCAGAGGUUUCAAGGGUCUCGAAUUUGUAAAGUCUUGCGCAUGUUUAAUUCAGAAACGUUUGACAUUGUGUUAGUGUGCAAUGGCUUGAAGCACUGCAACAAUUUAGGCCCUUUCAUGGUAGGAAGGGAGAUUGACAGAACCGGUGGUAUUGUCGACAACUUCAGGCUUAUGAUCACGAAUGUGCAUUGUGUGCCAGGAGCAAGAACUGGUCUUUCUGAAGCGACUAUCUCUGCAGAGGGAACAUGGAAUUCCUCGAGUGGGCAACUUUGCAUGGUUGGUUGUGUUGGGCUUGAGACUAGUUUGGAUGGAUGCAACAUCCGUAUAUGUUUCUACUUUCCAGUCACAUUUUCAGUCGCUCAACGGAGCAUCCUCUUUGGAACCAUCUCUAACAUCAAGGAAACAGAUUCAUAUGUUCCUUUACUGUUCGAAAACGAACUCCACCCUAUGGAACUUUGGAACCGGUACAAUGACUACAGCAAAUCCUAUUUAUCUUACAAGUAUUCGAAAAUAGGGUUGGCUAGUGCACUUGUGAAGACAAAUGCAAAUUUCAAUUUGGGGGCCAUAAUGAAGAAGAUGUUCCUCAAGUAUCCGGCUGUCGAAGAUUGUAAUAACAUAACUAGUCUCUCGCUUUUAUCCAGUGAGCUAGGUUUUCAGGUCCAUGCUAUCUCAGAUCCCUUGUCCAAUAACCUUCGCCUUGUCCAAAACACAGUUGUUGUAGUAGAUGUCCUCUCUUUGGGCCCAUUGUUGGGUCGUUACUGGCCUGAUCUGGAGCACUCAUAUCAGAGGGAGGGUACUGAACAUCAUGCUAAUUUUUCGUCCACUGAUCGUAAGCUGCCUUUGAAUAUUUCAGCUCAUCUCACUCUCACCGAAGAACACUAUGGUCAUAUCUCAAAGCUAUUUCUGGAGGGGCUCUAUGAUCCAGUUGGUGGAAAGAUGUAUCUAAUAGGCUGCCGGAGAGUCCCAGAAUCUCAAACAUUUCUCUCCAACAACAACACGAGCCUUGAAAGAAAGAUGGACUGCUUGAUAGAGGUGAAGAUAGAAUACUCAUCCAUAACCACCCGGUGGUUAAUAAAUCCAACUGCCAAAGUCUCGAUUGCCAGCCAGAGGGGUGAGGAAGACCCCUUCUAUUUUAAUGUUGGAGAUAUAGCAAGACCCCCUCUAUUUUAA